UGCUCUCACCCUUUUCGUUUUGUUGACUGAAGAAACCCAGAAAAACUAAGGCCAUGAAGGGAACGCCUAAGGAUCCAGAGAAGUUACUCUGGGAUCAGAUGAAGAGCUCCUCUGCUAACCCCAUUGUCGUUUCCUCCGUUCAAUCUCGAGCUCUCCCGAAGCUCAUGAUCUGGCUCAUGGUCUUCAUCUGCGUUACCUAUAUCGUUUACACUUUAAAACUCGUCUCCACUCCAUGCCCCUGUCGCAAAGAUUCUUUGGGUCGUCACCACCAUCUGUCCACUUCAUCCCUAGUGUCUAACCUUACAGUCUCCGCUGUAGAGGAGAAUCAGAAUGAGACGGUUCUGUAUGUCGGUCAGUUGGAGAACUCCACAAUCUCCCCCAAAACUGAACUCCGGCAUAUUGUCUUUGGCAUUGCAGCUUCGGCGACGUUGUGGGAGCAGAGGAAGAACUACAUCAAGCUCUGGUGGAGACCCAAGGAAAUGAGAGGGAUUGUGUGGUUGGAUAAGCCGGUAAAAACCUACCGGGACGAAGGGCUUCCACCUGUGAAGAUCUCAGGUGACACUUCGCGAUUCGAUUACAAAAACAAACAGGGUCACCGGUCGGCGAUUAGGAUCUCGCGGAUCGUAUCGGAGACACUGAGAUUGGGGAUGGAGGAUGUUAAGUGGUUCGUGAUGGGUGACGAUGAUACAGUGUUCAUACCAGAGAACCUGCUUACAGUUUUGUCGAAAUACGACCACAAUCAGUUCUAUUACAUAGGAAGUUCGUCGGAGAGCCAUCUGCAGAACAUCUACUUCUCGUACGCCAUGGCUUACGGCGGGGGAGGUUUCGCCAUUAGUUACCCAUUAGCGAAGGCUCUGGAAAGCAUGCAAGAUAGUUGUAUACAAAGGUACCCAUCAUUGUACGGCUCCGAUGAUCGGAUACAAGCUUGCAUGGCUGAACUCGGUGUUCCCCUCACCAAGGAGCUCGGAUUUCAUCAGUACGAUGUGUAUGGGAACUUGUUCGGACUAUUAGCAGCACAUCCAGUGACGCCAUUAGUGUCUCUGCAUCACCUUGAUGUGGUGGAACCCAUCUUCCCCAAUGUGACUCGAGUGGAGGCAUUGCAGCGGCUGACGGUGCCGAUGAAGCUGGACUCAGCAGGGCUAAUGCAGCAGUCCAUCUGCUACGACAAAAAGAAGACAUGGACGGUGUCUGUGUCGUGGGGGUUCGCGGUCCAGAUAUCCAGAGGAAAGUUCUCAGCAAGGGAGAUGGAGAUGCCAUCCAGAACCUUCCUCAAUUGGUACAGGAGGGCCGACUACACUGCCUACGCCUUCAACACCAAACCCGUCAGCCGCAAUCCAUGCCAGAAGCCCUUCGUCUUCUACCUCUCGAAGGCCAUGUUUGAUGUUGACUCCCAGCAGACGGUAACGGAAUAUGUGCCGCACCAUGUCCCUCAUCCUGCCUGCAAGUGGAAGAUCCCUGACCCUUCCGACGUCGAUACGAUUCAGGUUUACAAAAGACCCGAUCAACAUCUCUGGGAAAAGUCACCGAGGAGGAACUGUUGCAGGAUAUUGCCUUCGAAGAAUAGAAGGAGGGUGUCGAUUGAUGUGGGUGUAUGUAGGGAAGGUGAGAUUACUGAAACAUAGAAAGCACGAA